AUCAAACUGACACAUUCAAAAGUCAAAAUUUUCAGUCACGUCAAUGUUGUUUCGGAAGUUAUCCUCAAAAUUUUAGUUUAAUGCAGUUUUAUUUCUAAAUUUUUCGUGUAUAAUGGCAGAAUGCUUCGCUGUUCCCACAAAAUGCGAUUCGGAGAAACGCACCAAACUUCUGAGCCACUUGAAAUGCCUUAUGACAUCGUUGGAAGAUGAACUUACACCAAAGGCAGAACCUGUUUGCUACACCCCUGUGUGCUUGACCACUUGUAUUCCUUGCUGCCCCCCACCUUGCAAGCCUCCAACGGCAACAACUCCGGAUAUUCUGGUUUGCUAUAAAUGCAAAACAGACAGUUCCAAGAAGAAGAAAAACAAAGCCAACGUAGGCAAGGAACUUGGCGAGUCAAAAUCACGUGAACUCAGAGCUGGCAUAUUAUACGUCGGUUGUGACUGCGAAAGGAAAAACGGCCUCCAAGACAACUGCCUCAGGACUGGAUGUCAAGGUUCUCCCGAAUGUCUUAAGAGCCCUCCAACCUGCCUACCAAGCAAGUACUGCAACGGCAAGCAUCUGAUGAAGAAACUCCGCAACAAAUACGCCAAAAACGAAUCUGAAGGCUCUGGAGAAGAGGAAGAAGGUCCAGACAGCAUCUCUUACCAGUGUUUCGAGGCAGCUGUCAAGGUACCGGAUCAGAAGAUUUGCGUAUUGAUGCCUAGUUUGGGUUGUCCACCAGAUUGCAAACAGGACAAGAAGGCUUGUUAAAGAUCAUAUCUAGGGGUUCAAGGCUUGGCUUGAUAUUCGAGCUACUUGGCUCAAGCUCAAGUAGCUUGAGUUUGACUUGAAAUCAACUCAAGUUCAAGUCGAGUAGAAGUUUAGUUUUUCAAUGUCAAGUCAAGUUUAAGUACUUGACUUAACAUUGAAAAACUAUUACUAAACUUGAACUUGAGUUGCUUUCAAGUCAAACUCAAGUUUUUCAAUGUCAAGUUUAAGUACUUGAUUCAACAUUGAAAAACUAUUACUUGCCUUAAACUUGAGUUGAUUUCAAGUCAAACUCAAGUUUUUCAAUGUCAAGUCAAGCUUAAGUACUUGACUCAACAUUGAAAAACUAUUACUUGACUUGAACUUGAGUUGAUUUCAAGUGAAGCUGAAGCUACUUGGCUUGAGCUUGAUCUAAGUAGCUCGAAUAUCAAGCCAAGCCAUGAAUCCUUAAUCAUAUCACGUUAGGUUGUCGGUUUUGUAAUGGUGAAUGUCUAAAAGUGAUGUAUUUAAGUGGAAAUUGUGAUAAGUCUAAAUGUUGGUGAUAGUCCAAAUGAGAUGUUCAUUUGUAAGAGUUUGAAAAAAAUUUUAAAUCCUAAAAUAGAUCUCGCAUUGCUCCCGUAUGUAUUGUAAAUGUAAAUGACUGUAUAUUGUAUUGUUAUGUAUUGUAAAGGUGUGUUUAUUGAUGAGGGUGCAAUUAUUGUGAAGUAUUUAAUAAAAGUAUCAAUGAAU